AUACGCACUAAAUUGCAUCAUGGCCGAGAAUACUUCGAAAACCUCACUCAAUUCAAAAUUGUCAUCAGAAGAUGAAAGUGGUAUCGAUGUUUCGACCAUAUUUCCCAUAAAGUUGCCAAAGCUGAUAGUUGGCCCCGUUUAUGAUGAGAGCGGCUUUCCACUGAAUGAGAGAUUGGCACUCAGGCAGGCCUGGAAGCUAAUCAAACCGUUCGAACGUCGCUAUGGAAAGGAAAUUUACUUUACUUUUCUUAUGGAGAAUUAUACAACAUUUGACCAUUUUCGCAUUGAGGGCAAACUUGAUCUACACCGUUUGCAUGGCCAUUCCUUGGCCUUUAUGCGAUUCAUUAGCGCCGUCAUCGAUCAGAACGAUCCGGUCUUAUUCCAAGCAAUGUUAAGUGACAAUCACAUGACGCACGAACGCUGCCGUGUCUUGCCAAUGCAUAUGAAGAUGCUGAUUGAGGCUCUGAUUGCGUAUGUGCUCGAAAAGCUGAGCGAUGUUAAGUCGGCGGCGUUGGAGAGAGGCUUCCAGCGGCUCCUGGAGAAGUUUCAGGUUCACUUUGAUCAACUUCAGAGAUCUAACGCUAGCUUUACCGUGUACAGACGAACUAUGAGCAAAGAGAGCUUCGCUCUUCAUAUUGAUGACUAAUAAAAAAAAAAAUCACUCAUACGCAA